AUGGAGAGCGGCGAUGCACCAAAGCCUGCGGACCAUCCCUCACCUGUGUGGCUGACGGACAGCGAUGGAGAGCGCGGCGAUGCACCAAAGCCUGCGGACCAUCCCUCACCUGUGUGGCUGACGGACAGCGAUGGAGAGCGGCGAUGCACCAAAGUCUGCGGACCAUCCCUCACCUGUGUGGCUGACGGACAGCGAUGGAGAGCGGCGAUGCACCAAAGCUCGCGGACCAUCCUCACCUGUGGGGCUGACGGACAGCGAUGGAGAGCGCGGCGAUGCACCAAAGCCUGCGGACCAUCCCUCACCUGUGUGGCUGACGGACAGCGAUGGAGAGCGCGGCGAUGCACCAAAGCCUGCGGACCAUUCCUCACCUGUGGGGCUGACGGACAGCGAUGGAGAGCGCGGCGAUGCACCAAAGCCUGCGGACCAUUCCUCACCUGUGGGGCUGACGGACAGCGAUGGAGAGCGCGGCGAUGCACCAAAGCAACAGCAACAUCAAAAGAUUACAUACAGGACCACAAGGCCAGGACCCAAGUGUUUUACAGUUUACAUUACUGCACGGGAGUGGAAAAAGAUAAGGCCUUUGCCGGACAAAAACCAUUGAGCAGUGACAAACGAAUUCCAGUUACAGUUACAAGAAUUGGUAAGGUAACUCACUCGAAAGAGGAGGUAGGGUCCCGCCCUGCAAGUUAUCAAAAGAGAGGCAAGAUUGCCAAAGAAGUGUUCAAAGGAGUAAGUAAUGUCUACUACAGAAAUCUGAGAAAAACACCCAUUCCUGAGUUGAUGGCUGGAAACAUCAGUAGGAGUUUAAGUAAAAACAUACUCAAAGCAAUUUCCAGUGAAGUUCGGAAAAGCUGCAGAUUGCAUGAUGACGUGAUCUUGGAGCUGAUGUUGACACAGAAAAUUAUAAGAGACACAGAUCAGUCUUACAGAUUUUGCCCUGGAUAUGUUCAGCAUCUGCAGGUGGACCCGUUUGGUGUUCAUUUAUACACAGAGACAGGACUGUUAAUUCUCAUUCAGCACCUCCGAAAAGGAUGUCCUGUUACUGUGCAUUUAGAUGCAACUGGAGGGGUGGUGAGUCGGAUCCCAAGUCAGGCAAAGAGGGUGUUGUAUUACAGCAUCACUCUACCGGGGAACGGAAAAGACAAGCCUCCUCUCCCCAUCUCUGAAAUGAUAAAAUAUUACAGAAAAAACUGCACCAUCGUCCAGCAACAUUCAUUCAAAAAUGUAUGCAUCAUUGCAAGGCGGUACAGGGAGCACAUUCUGCAACACAACCUUCCUGACAGAAUAUUACAGAAGUGUUUCAGUGUGAAAAAAGGACGAUUGGAGGACUCUGAAGAAAAAUGGGCCAAGAAGAGCGUGUGGGCCCGAAAAGGAAAUAAAACAAAGUACUUUCAUACACCAGAUGUAAUACCUUCUCCAAAAGCAAAAUCAUCAAAACCUUCAGUCGGUCACCCAAAGUCCAGUAAGGAAGGAGAUUGUGUCAAAAUUGAGUCAAAAAUUUCACAGGAAGCAAAAGCUUCUGUUCGACAGCGGAAGUCUAGAAACACAACACCACACCGUGUCAAAGGAGUGUCUAAAACUUCACAGGCAUCAGAAGCUCAGACCAAAACCGAAAACAAAGAAACCGACAGUGUUGAGGUUGUGUCAGACACUUCACAGGAAUCAAAAGCUUCUGUUCGGCAGCAGAGGUCCAGAAGGAUAAAACCACACCAGGUCAAAGGAGCAUCAAAACCUUCACAGGCAUCAAAAGCUUCUGUAACAAAGCACAAAGGCAAAAAGGAAAAAACAGACACUGAGGCCACAACUCAUGCCUGUCAUGAUGACAUUGUACAGGCUUCUUGGAAUUCAAAGGACAGUGAAGUAGUAGUUGCAGUGGUGCAGUCACUUGACACGGAUGCAAUAUAUACAUUGCACAUAACAGAUUUCAAAAGCCUCAAACCACACAACUGGUUGAAUGGGGAGGUUAUUGAAUGCUACUUCCAAACACUGUUGAAUUCAAAAGACUGUGGAAGAAAAAUAUUUUUAUUCAACCACUACUAUGCCGGUGUCAUUGUAUUUGGGGAGAGGUCUGCAAUGUCAAAUUACAGUUACAAAAAGGUCAACUUUGAGAACUAUGAUGCCAUCAUUGGAUUCAUGCAAGUACACAGUAACCACUGGAAAUUUCUGUAUCUCAAUAGGACAUUGCAGAAAGCCUUUGUGGUGGAUCCCCAAGGGAAUGAUGAAGAAAAAGAUUCUGCACUUGCUGCUAAAAGAUUCAGACAAUACUUCAAGAUGCGGCAGAUAGUUCAUAAUAAAACAGACUGGGUGGAUGUGAAAUGGACAACAGGUGUCUUGACCCACAACAUACAGAAAGAUGGUUACAGCUGUGGCAUUUAUGUCAUGCAGAUGGCUAAGGAGACAGUGGAGGCUUUUCCAAUGAUACCAUCUGAAAUCAUCAUACCUUCCAAUAAGCACCUCCUGUCAGAGCUGCGUAAGGAGAUGGCUGUAACAAUCCUAGAAUCAUCAGUAUUCAACCCCAAACAGCAUUGCUCCCUGUGUGGAAAAGAGUCUCCAGUUGGAAGCGUGGGUCUGAACACAUGGAUUCAGUGCAGCAACUGCGAAAGAUGGUACCACUCUGUCUGUCUCGGCAUGACGAAAAAAGAGGUACACAAAUGGAAGACAAGAAAGUGGUUGUGUGUUUUCUGUAAGUAAAAAGUACUGUACAAGUGUAGGUGUUAAAAUAUAUUGUUUACUCUUGUAUGUUUUUUUGUUGUUGUUGUUGUUUUUUGUUUUGAUCAGUUCCUUAUAAAUGUUAAAAUCAGUAAAUUUUAAAAUCAGUAUAUAUUUUUAAUCAGUGUAUAAAUACCAGUUCUGUCAAAGGCUAUUGGCUAUUGUACUGUUGGCUGUUGUUGUUUCUAAUUAGUUUACAGUACUAACAGGAAAAUUCUGCAUUACAUAAAUUUCGUCAUUGUAAGGAUGUAAAUAAGGUACGAUUUGUAAAUGCAACUACCUUGUGCAACAGUAAGGAUUAAAUGUGAGGUUGUGUAAGUUGACCACUGUCCCCCUCUAUUAACUGACACUGCUUUCAUAUCUCCCUGGUGGAAAAUGCCAUUACUAAAUUAAAGUACAAAUUGCUUCAAGCUGCAAUGACGAGCCCAAGUCACCAGUGCAACCGCCAUCCUCCAGUGUCAUUGGGAAAGAGGUGCAC